ACCAGGGGCUGCAUCGCCUUCUUGUAAACCGACUUUACGCGUCCGGGAUUUAUUCUUCUGUUGUUAACAAAUACAACAUCAACCAAGAAGAGUAAACAGAUAUGAGCACUGCGUGGAGACAACUGCGGAUGUCGGGGAAGGAAGUCUCCCUCGACUGGAUAUUACCCAGCGGCCAGUCCUUUCGAUGGAAGAGAGAAGGCGAAGAAUGGGUAUCCGUCAUCCAAGACGCGGUGAUAAUCCUCCGCAACGACCCCUCGACCGACAACAUCACAUACUGCACACUCGAUCCCCGUUCUCCAGAAACCACAAUCAAGCACGAGUCCAAACCAGCCCAAAUCCCUCCGUCCCCGCCAAAGUCUCCUCCUCCGGCUUACGAGAUCGACUCCGCCGUGCACGACUACUUCAACUCCUCAAUCAAGCUCGCUUCGCUCUACCGCGAGUUUGGCGCGCGCGACAAGUACUUCAAGCAGAUUGCAGACCGGUUCGUGGGCAUAAGAAUGCUGAGGCAAGAUCCGUGGGAAUGUCUCUGCAGUUUUAUCUGCAGCAGUAAUAACAGUAUAAAACGAAUCACCCAGAUGAUUGAUAAUCUCUGCGCCACAUACGGCACCUACAUCGCCACCUACAAAGACAUAGACUACUACACCUUCCCCCGUCCGUCUACGCUCGCGUCCUCUCCAAACUGCGCUGCAAAGCUCCGCGAGCUCGGCUUUGGAUACCGCGCAGAUUACGUCUACAAAACCGCAAAGGCAGUCGCGGACUGGGAAGCACAGGGAAACCAGCUCUCCGACAUGCGCGGCAAGCCAUAUGACGACGUUCGCGAGUUUCUGCUCCAGUUCACUGGAGUGGGCCCGAAAGUUGCAGACUGUGUCGCUCUUAUGUCCUUCGACUGCCACGAAUCAGUCCCCAUCGACACUCACGUAUUCAACAUUGUCAAACGGCGGUACAGUCCGAAAACAAAGAUGGUCUCAAAGACAAUGUCGAAGGUCGUCUACGACGAGCUCUCGCUUUAUCUAAGAGAUCUCUGGGGACCCUAUGCGGGAUGGGCCCAGGCCGUCAUAUUCAUUUCCGAACUGAAUAGAGAUAAAUGAUCUAAUUGAAUGACUAGUUAUGGUCAACUAGUAACUAUACGCAUACUAUGGCAUCACCUUCUUACAUUAAAUCCAUAUAGACAACUUAUUCGAGUCUUCAAAAGUGUGUACUCUCCCGAAAGAAUUUAUAGAUAUGUAGAAAAAAACUAUGUACCUCGCUUGAAAAAACAGAAAAUAGUGUAAUAAUUGCAGCUCCGAUUUUUUAAAAUGCGCCAAACAAUAGAAAGUACAUUUCACUGAGAGAGAUUGGAUAGAAAAAAGGUAUAAGGAAAUACAAACAAUAAAAA